GAAUUAAUGAAAAGUUUGAAAUAACUGAAGAAAUUGCCGCCGUCAGUACUUUGAAGGGGACGACGCUAGGUGAAGAUAUUUUUUUACACGUUCAUAACGUUAUAUCUUCAUUAGAUCUUCAAUUACAUAAACUAGUUAGCGUAACCACUGACGGAGCGAGAAAUAUGACGGGUAAAAAUAUUGGAUUGCAAGCAAUUAUUAUUAAUGAAAUGAAAUUAAAUGAAUUGUCACCACCGCUAUUUUUUCAUUGCAUUAUUCAUCAGCAUGCACUUUGCGCCAAAAUUAUGUCGUGGGAUACAAUAAUGAAAAAUGUAAUAUCUAUUAUCAAUUUUAUACGAAGCAAUGGACUGAAUCAUAGACAAUUUCAAAGUUUUUGGAUUGAAAUUAAUGCAGACUAUGGCGAUGUAUUGUACUACACCGCAGUUAGAUGGUUAAGCAGAGGUCGUGUACUUGAAAGGUUUUUCAUGUUACCUCAGGAAAUAUAUAAUUUUUUGAAAGAAAAAAGAAAGGUCGCUUCCAUGCUUGAAAAUCAAACUUGGAUUUCUGGACUGGCUUUUUGUGUUGACAUAUUGAAGUAUAUAAAUGAAAUCAACAUAAAACUACAAG